AUGUUUAGACAAUUCACUAGCAGAGGUUCUCAUUGGAUGUCUAUUUUACCUGAGUUAAUUAAUGACUAUAAUAAAACGGUGCAUACCAAAAUUGGUGUGACACCACUACAAGCCAACGAUGACCCGUCGCGGGUAAAAUUAAAAUACGUUGCCGCGAAAACCACAAAAAUCAAGUUUAGCGUGGGCGACAAAGUUCGUGUUAGUGUGUACAAGAGUGUUUUCACCAAAGGAUAUUUGCCCGAUUGCUCUACCGAAAUAUUCACAAUUAUGAAAGUGAACAGGACUACGCCGUGCACAUUCAUCUUGCAGGAUUAUACGGGUAACCCGAUAGCCGGUGGUUUCUACGCUGAAAAAAUACGUAAAACGAAACUGCCUGAUGAUUAUCUAGUGGAAAAAAUAAUUUGCACCAAAGGCCAGCGAGUGUUCGUCCGCUGGUUAGGUUUUACCGACGAGCAUAAUAGUUGGAUAAAUAAGUCUGAUCUUAGAAUAUAA